GCAAUCGAAGAGAGAUGAGGCAAACUGAAAACUGUUGAAGCUCUCCAGUUGGUGGAGUCUGCUAGUGGUCACAAGAAAAUGAUCCAACAAGAAUUCGCCCAUGGUCGUGUCCUUGAACUUGCGGCCAUGAACAACACAGUUCCUCCUCUCAACACCCUCCCUCAGUGGUCUCGGGUCAAUGCUCUGGACAAGGCUCAUUACCCAAAGCGUUUUGUGAGGGAUCCCAGAGCUCACCUUGACCUUGGCUUUACUAGUGAUCCAUCAGACGCCACUGGCAGUGACCUGAACCCCACACAAAGAAUUGAGUACCUAGAGCGGAGCUUGCUCUUCCUGCGCCAGCAACAUGCUGAGCUGCUUCACUCACUGCACCAGGAGGUGGAGGCACUCAAGAAAGAAAAUAAAGACUUGCAGUUUAAAAUUGUCAUGAGUCAGAAACCCUUAACUACAGACACAGAAGGUGGGACUGACAAAACCAGUUCAGGCAAAACAGAAGAAAUGAAAAUAAUUUUUCUCGAGGAAGCAAUUAAAGAACUUAAAAAUGCUCUUCAGGAAUCCAGGAAGAAAAAUCAAUAUUUGACCCAGUUACUACAGCAAGCAGAGGAACAAAAGGAGAGACAGAAGGGAACCAUUGAUGCCAUGAGGUUUGAGAGGAAUCAGGGUGAGACAGUGGAGAUUGAGACCUCCACUGUCAGCAUGCCAGUAGCUGACGUCACUCAACCACUGACACUCGCACAGUCUCAAGCCAUGAUCAAACAUCUGCAGCAGGUCAACGCCCAACAAAGCCAUGAGUUGGACAGACUCAAGUUAGACCUGCGUGAUGUACUUUACUCACAUAAGUGGACGCCUGAUGCCUUCUUAAUGGCUAAAGCCUAUAUAGCAGCAGAUGACAGGAAGGAGGGGGAGAAAGGAAGUAGAUCUAGCCUGCCUAGAAUCCCACUCAAGAACCCAAUGAGAAAAAUACCAGACUUGGCGUAUGUGAAAGAAAAUGUCAGCCUCCCCGCCUUACACCUGAGUGUGGGCAACCAAGCCGUGGAGAGAAAGAAAAGAACACAAGAGCUUCAAAAAGCCAAGCUUAGACCAAGCAUUCGACCUCCAUAAAGCCAAAGUUGAUA